CUCCUCCAUCCAAACACAUUGUUAAGCAAAACCAACUAGAGAUAGAAUGAGAUCUGAGCCCCCUGUUCAUGUAUUUCUUGUUUCUUUUCCAGGCCAAGGCCAUGUAAAUCCUCUUCUUAGACUUGGCAAGCGCCUUGCCUCAAAGGGUUUGCUGGUAACAUUAUCUACAACAAAAAGCUUUGGAAAACAGAUGGCAAAGGCCAACAACAUAACGGACGAGCCAACCCCAGUCGGUGAUGGCUUUAUCCAGUUUGAAUUCUUCCAGGAUGGCUGGGACGAUGAUGAUCCAAGACGCGUAGACUCUGACCAGUACUUGCCUCAUCUGGAGCUUGUAGCCAAAGAAGAGAUACCUGGCAUGAUCAAGAAAUACGCAGACCAAAACCGUCCCGUUUCUUGCUUCAUCAACAAUCCCUUUAUUCCCUGGGCAUCCGGCGUUGCUGAAAGUCUUGGCAUCCCUUCUGCAAUGCUUUGGGUGCAAUCUUGUGCAUGUUUUGCCUCAUAUUAUCAUCACUAUCAUGGGUUAGUGCCGUUUCCUAGUGAAAGUGAUCCUGAAAUUAACGUUCAGCUGCCCACUAUGCCGCUUCUCAAGUACGAUGAAGUUCCUAGCUUCUUGCAUCCUUCAACUCCUUACUCUAUCCUCAGGAAGGUCAUUCUUGGUCAGUUUAAGAACCUUGAUAAGGCUUUUUGAGUAUUGAUGGAGACUUUCCAGGAGCUCGAGCCUGAAAUCGUUGAAUACAUGUCCAAGUUUUGCCCUAUAAAGACUGUUGGUCCAUUGUUCAAUAACCCUAAAGCACCAAACAGCACAGUUCGUUGUGACAUCAUAAAAGCCGACGACUGCAUCGAGUGGCUCAACUCGAAACCAGCGUCAUCAGUGAUAUACAUCUCGUUUGGUUCUGUUGUUUACUUGAAACAGGAACAAGUGGAUGAAAUAGCUCACGCGCUGUUAAACACUGGUAUCUCAUUCUUGUGGGUCAUGAAACCGCCGCCUAAAGAGCUUGGCUCUCCAAUCCACACUUUGCCUGAAGGCUUCUUAGAGAAAGUAGGUGAUAAGGGCAAGAUUGUGCAAUGGAGCCCACAAGAGAAAGUGCUGGCUCACUCUUCAGUUUCCUGCUUCGUGUCACAUUGCGGUUGGAACUCCACGAUGGAGGCACUCUCGGCUGGAAUGCCUAUUAUUGCGUUCCCUCAAUGGGGUGAUCAGGUGACUAAUGCUGUUUACUUGGUUGAUGUGUUCAAGAUUGGUAUGAGAAUGUGCCGUGGAGAGGCAGAAAACAGGAUAAUUCCGAGGGAGGAGGUGGAGAAAUGCUUGCUGGAAGCAACGGUGGGGCCAAAGGCAGCGGAGAUGAAGAAGAACGCCUUGAAGUGGAAGGCAGCAGCGGAGGCAGCUGUGGCGGAUGGUGGUUCCUCUGAUAGGAACAUACAAGCCUUCAUUGAUGAGGUGAAAACCAGAAGCAAGACAUUUGAUCACACCAACACUGAUUCAGCCGCUAAGAAUUUUGAGGACAAGCCUCCUUCACCUUCAACAGAAUUAGCUUCGCCAGUCAAUGGGUAGCUAGGAUUAGAGGUGUAU